AUGGGGUUUUCACGGCCACGAUACAACCAGAAAGCAAGGCCACACAGGUCAGCACCACAAGAAGAAAACAAGAAUCAAAACUCGGGCGGUUACUCCGGGGUCGAAUCGGUCGUUGAUUAUGAAGACCUCAGAUCCAGUUCGAAGCCACCUACCAUCUCUACUGUCAACCACGCAAGUGAAGAUCAGGGAGCUAUGUCAAAGAAGAAAAGGAAACGAUUCGAAGCUUACGUCCAGAAGAAGUUAAAAAAAGAGCGCAGAAAUGAACUCAUUCAGAAAACACAAUCUUCAGUUAAGGACCCUUCGGCAUUUAUCUCCACCGCCCACCUUUGCUCCUCGUCCGUUGCGAGAACUCAGCGAGAGCUUAAAGCCACAAUCGCUGAGGUUGAGACGAGACGUAGAGAACGGGCUCGGGGCCUAAUUUCCUCAAAGCAAAAGCUCCGCUCCGGCUAUCAUAGUCAGAGUGAUAAUGAAGACGACUCCAAGCCAACCCCCGUCACGAACCCGUUUUCGGGAGCCGUCGAAAUUUGCAGUGCUCCAUCCGAAUCGAAGAACUUGUCAAAAGAAGCAUAUCCUCAGCCUUCAAAACCUACUGCCUCGCCAACAACAGCACCCCACAAGGUGGUCAUCGGCAGCGCACUUGCUUCUGGCGCCAUAACCACACACGUCAAGCGCCCUUUGAAAAAGAAAAGAAAACCUAAUAGGGCCCCAUCGGUUUCUGAUGAUGACGACGAUUCCUUUGAUGACUCGGGAUCUUCGACUUCUGCCUCAAUAGCAUCGGAUGAACAAGACAAUAGAAACUGGUCUGAAACCUUCACCGAUCAAGUCGCGAUCAAAACCAGCAAAGUGAAAUCUUGUCAGUCCAGCUCCGGAAAGCCGAACGUAAAGAGUCACAAUAAAAAUCUGGUUGCCUAUCGGGCCAUUGGGAUCGAAGAAGAUGUCUUCAUCCACCCGAGUUCAGUUCUGUUCGAUUCUAGCGUCCAUCCGGAACCUCAGUUUAUCGUCUUUCAAGAACUUGACCGGACCGAAAAGCGAAUCUGGAUCAAAGGAAUCACUCUAAUCAAUCCUUCUUGGUUACUCGUCUUGGGUAAAUCUCUGUGCACCUUUUCCAACCCGAUUGAAAACUCCAUCAACAGCAAGAUUCCUUCUCGUGCUACAGACACUGAACGCAAAUGCAUCGUAAUUCCCAAGUUUGGUGGACCGACCCUGGACGUUGAGUUAGGCCCAGUUCAAAUGACUCAACGCAAAGUCGGUAAUCUCUGGGUUUGGGUGUAG